GUGAGUGUGACAGAGACGGGGAAAGAUGGCGACGCAGGAGAGCGAAGCAACUAAAGCUACCGCGAGCAACGGCGAGGUGAGCAGUAAUGGAAGUGCUGCGACAACAGAUGGCCAAGCAGUGCAGACUGCUGAAAACGCACAGGACCCCCAACAACAGCAGCAGCAGCAGCAACAAGCACCGAACGCAUGGCAGGUCAUUAAAGGAGUCCUCUUCAGAAUCUUCAUAAUCUGGGCCAUCAGUAGUUGGUUCCGUCGAGGGCCGUCCACUCCUGACCCCAACACGCCAGCCGGGGCACCCAGAGUACCCAGCAGGAACCUCUUCCCCAAGGACACCCUCAUGGACCUGUACGUGUACAUCUCCCAGGACGAGGUGUUCUCCGACUUCAACAACACAGAAGCCCUGUUCUGGUUUCACAGGGACCUGGUCUAUGGAGACUGGAACACGGGAGAGAGCAGCGAUGGCUGCUACGAACAGUAUAAAGAGAUGGACAUCCCAGAGAGCAUACAGCAGAAUGGUUCCCUUUACAUACACGUCUACUUCACUAAAAGUGGAUUCCACCCAGACCCCAAACGCAAGGGGCAGUAUCGCAGAUUGGCAACAGUUCAUUCAACACGAAUGCUGAAUAAAUUCAAGCGCAGAAAGUUCAUGAAGACCAAGAAUCUGCUCACAGGAGAGACGGAAGCAGAUCCUGAGAUGAUCAAGCGGGCAGAGAGCCACGGUCCAGUGGAGAUCAUCUCUCAUUGGCACCCCAACCUCACCAUCAACAUGGUGGACGACCACACCGCCUGGGUCAAAGGCUCCGUCCCUCCUCCGCUAGACCAGCAUGUGAAGUUUGAUGCAGUAAGUGGUGACUACUACCCCAUUGUGUACUUCAAUGACUACUGGAACCUUCAGAAGGACUACUAUCCCAUCAACGAUACCCUGACAAAUCUGCCGCUGCGCCUCACUUACUGCCCUCUGUCGCUAUGGCGCUGGCAGCUGUACGCUGCACAGAACGCUCGCUCACCGUGGAACUUCCUGCCUGAGGACACGUACGAGCAGUCUGAUGAAGAUCAAGAUUCAGUCAAGGUGGCCCUUCUGGAAACAAACCCCUACCUCCUCGGACUGACCAUUGUCGUUUCCAUUGUGCACAGCAUCUUUGAGUUUCUUGCCUUCAAGAAUGAUAUUCAGUUUUGGAACAGCCGGCAGUCUUUGGAAGGCCUCUCCGUGCGCUCCAUUAUUUUCGGAGUGUUUCAGUCACUGGUGGUGCUGCUGUACAUACUUGACAAUGAGACCAACUUCGUGGUGCAGGUCAGCGUCUUCAUCGGCCUUCUUAUUGACCUGUGGAAAAUCACCAAGGUCAUGGAUGUCAAAUUGGACAGAGAGAACAAAAUCGCAGGAGUAUUCCCAAGAUUGGUAUUCAAAGACAAGUCAACAUAUGUCCAGUCUUCAACCAAAAUCUAUGACGACAUGGCCUUCAAGUACUUAUCGUGGCUGCUCUACCCUCUGUUUGGCUGCUACGCCGUCUACAGUUUAUUGUAUGUAGAGCACAAAGGCUGGUACUCAUGGGUACUCAGCAUGCUCUAUGGCUUCUUGUUAACCUUUGGUUUCAUUACAAUGACGCCGCAGCUAUUCAUCAACUACAAAAUGAAGUCUGUGGCCCACCUCCCAUGGAGGAUGCUCACCUACAAGGCUCUCAAUACCUUUAUUGAUGACCUGUUUGCCUUUGUCAUCAAGAUGCCCAUGAUGUACAGGAUAGGAUGCCUCAGAGAUGAUGUCGUGUUCUUCAUCUACCUUUACCAGCGCUGGAUCUAUCGGGUCGACCCCAACAGGGUCAACGAGUUUGGCACCAGCGGAGUAGACCACAGCCAGGACAACACACAAGCAGGCGAUGCCGCUCCUGCCGCGACCGCAGCCGUCACAGACAAACCAGAGGGGGAGAAGAAGAACGAUUAAGCUAGACCACGCCCUGAUCUGCCUCCUUGGCUCUCACUGCCGGGGCGAAGAGGACUUGUGGAAAUUAGGCAGGGAGGGUAGUCGUUGAUUAGCCGUCAUGGACGCCGCUACAAAAAAAAAAGAUGCAGUUCAACUGUUCCCUCUGAUUUCUGUGUGGAUCCACAGAGAAUCAUAUUCAGUGUAGACUUGGUAAAUUCUUCUUUCUGUUCCCGCCCAUCCCCGCCCUCUCGUUUUGCGGUUCAAGUGAAGUAAAACAAAACGUGAUGUACUGUAUUCUGUAUGAUUUCCAGAGGGUAACAAUGUCUUGGAGUAGAGGUCGGGAGGGGAACGGGUUGCAGUUAUCCAACUUUUAAAAAAAUAUAUAUAUAUAUACAGGGAAGAAAGAGGCCAAGGGCAACUUUUGUUCUUUGUGUAGAUUCCUUGUGAAUUUUUCUUUUCAUUCCAUGUGAGCACCGUGUCUCGGAUUGCCUGUAAACUAGUGAGUAGUGCUGGAGGAAAACUGGAAAGGUCCUGAGCCAUGAUGGGGGAGCGUUGAGAAGGGGAGACGAGAUGGAUGAACCCUGCAGGGCACUACCCAUAAAAACAGUGACUACUACUACUACUACCCUCAAUUUUAAACAAAUGGUUAAUGUUCUGAAGUUGAACAGAAAAAAAUAACAGCCUUGUUGGUAUUAAUAUAAAUAUAUUAAUAUUG